AUGGGUCUGAUGGAUCAACAGACAGGAACCUGGGAUAAAGAUAUUCUCAAAGAUAUUUUCAUACCUGAGGAUGUGGAGCGAAUUUUAAAAAUACCUGUGUCACCAGAUUAUGAAGAUUUGUGGUACUGGUAUGGGGACCCAAAAGGAGAAUAUUCUGUUAAAAAUGGGUAUAGAACCGUAGUUGGUGACUACACCCAACCAGUGGGGACCUUUGAUAAAUGGCAAAAUUUGUGGAAGCUUAAAAUCCCCAGGUGGAAAACAUUUUUAUGGAGAGCUCUAAAUGAUAUUUUACCCACUACGAGGAACCUACUUAUAAGGAGGGUUGAUAUUGACCCAACAUGUGCUAUGUGUGGAGUUAGACAUGAGGAUGUUGUGCAUUCUUUAGUUACGUAUGAUGAUAUGAUUAUUUAUGCAGUGGCAAUUCUCUAUUAUAUUUGGCGCACAAGGAAUGGAGCUGUAUGGGAUGCGUACCUGCCCAGACCUCGGAAGGUGAUUGUAAUGGCAUCAUCAACUUCAAGCGGCAUGAAGUGA